AUGAGCUACUUCACCAAGGUCUUUCGUUCGACACCGAAAGCCGAGCAGAAAGACUCAAACGCAGAUGUCGCGUCGUUCACACAUUCUUGGGAGCACAUCAGGGACACACUUCAACGGCCGGAUGAAAGACAACUUACAAGAGGCAUUGGAUUUACGGACAUACCAAAUGAAUUGAGACAGCUCGUAAAUCAACUUGUGUUGGAGUCUACCCCAGAUGCGGACACUACUGGUCCAUGCCUGGAAUAUACGCUCAAGCACGAUGUCUUGAAUACCUUGGUUCGCCUGAGUUCCAAUGACCUUCCAUUUGGAAUCAAAACCGAAGUGGUCAGAGCCAUGUUGAAUUUGGUUGUCUUGAUGGAUGAGCACUUUCUUGUCCAUUCUACCGUCCAUAAGGCGGUUCUUCGGUUGUUGAGGAGUUGUGUGAGGGAUGAGUCUCGGAGCUUUGACGGAGGCACGAAGGCGAGGGGCGCCGCUGGGGCUUCGCGGGGCCGACCAAGCGACUACGAAGAAGAUCUCGUCGAUCUCAUGUGCGCUCUGUGUUCGAGAAUUCGGCUCUAUCCCCAACUCCUGCUUAUAUUCUUCCACGACAAGAACGUGUACCACGAUUUGGAGGAAGAUGAAAUAGUUCAGGCUGACGUCAACGAUGAGGAUGACGCGGCUGAGCUUUCGUUCGCCUCUAUAACAUCAACUGCUCUUGAGAUAGCCCAGCGUUCAAUAUCACCUACACCUUCCGCGACAACAAUCACGUCUGCGCCUACAGCAUCCUCCUUCUAUCGAAGACCAGAAUACGAGUUCUUGGCCUACAAUUAUCUCCUACGAUUCAUUCAUCGGGAAGGGAAGAUCGGAGAUAACGCUCGAACCGGGCUUCUGUUCUUAAUGGACGUUGCCAUGUCCGCCUCAGAGUUGUCACCUCACAAACCUGGAGCGUCUCCACCUACGAGUGAUCCGCUGUCGGAAGCUUCACUAACCUUUGCUGAAUACAUUCUUGAAAGCGAUUUUCCGGAUGUUCUUGCGGCCGCCUUGGGCGCGGUCUACUCUCUCUUACCCUCCAAGCUCAUUGUUCGGAAGGAAGGCUCACGCGGCAAAGAGCCGAACGGCACUAUGGUGCUGGGCGGGAUGAAAUCAAACGAGGACGAGAGCGACAUUGACGAGGAGCUGGAGCGAGCCAGGGCGUUUGGAAUGGAUGUAUCCACUAGUCCCGAAUUCAAAGCCCGGCUAGUGCACUUUAUCAAAAUGAUCGACUUUAUUCAAGAAGUCGUCAUACGAGAGACAACGCCGUCUGACAACCUGGACAACUCAGCAUCAACCACUAUUGGCAGGUCAAUAGCCAAGUCGAUCCUCAAAUUCUUGCGAUCAUCAUUUCUGGAGAACGUCUUGUAUCCUUCCAUACUCGAAUGCUCUGAUGAAGAUGGAAGUGCUGUGGCGGUCAUCACUUACCUCGAAGCGAUUCUCAGUACAGUGAAGGAUGACCAGAUGUCUGAGGUCAUCAUCAACUUCUUGACUAGCGAUGAUGGAGAGGAGCCGGCCAAGGAGCCAUCCCACCUCAAGAAACAGAAGAAUAGGUCUCGAAAAUCGAAACAGAAAUCGAGACAGAGUACCGCUCUCACCUUAUUGCAGCUAGAGACCGGCAACAGGAGGAAGUCAACAUAUUACAACUCGCUGGGACGAUUUACCGUGAAAGACCUUCUGUUGUCCAAUCUCGAAAGCAAGUCACAGCCAACCGCAAGUGCUGCGUUAAAGCUGCUCAAUACCCUUCUCACUCAGCACGGACUACUUGCACUCCCUCGGAUCUUCACAUUGCUCCCCGAGACUAAUCUUUAUCUGAAUGGGCAUGCAUUGGAUGAAGACGAGUUGAAGACGCCCAGACCAGGAUUCCUCUCUCCGGAGGAUGAUUUCUUCUCCACCGCGUACUCACCAAGGGCGAACGCAAGCAAAUCUGAAGACGAUCUGAUGGCGCUGCGGCAUGUUCCACUCGAAAUCGACGAUGCGGACUCGUGGCGGCACUUGGUAGCUCGCAUUGACCCCAAGUUCGCCGCGGAGGCUCAGCGAGGUGGGAACACCCAAUACCUCCAAGAUGCGCAGGAUUGGCUCGAAACGCAGUUGCUAUGGAGCAAUCCGCUGCUGGAUUCUGAAGCUGAUACAGAGCAGAUCCUGUCGCUUCCGGACAGGAAAUAUCGCCUUUCACCUACAGAUCCUCUCCUAGCGCAGUUGCUCAACGUGACUCAAAGAUUCUUCUCCCAUUCGCCUGAUAUGAAUCUGUCUCUCACUGGAGUCAUUCACGCCAUCGCUUGUAGCCCUCAGCUAUCCCUAGCCGACUGGAUCACGCACAGCGUCACAUCCCACGGGUCGACGCAGCCAGCAAUGUACACCUGCCUCUCGAGCCUGACCGCCCAGCUGCCUAAGUAUCGCCAUCAAGCACCAAAGUUUGAUCAGUAUCUCGAGCAAAGACGGCGCGGUCUCCUCUCCUCAGCUCAACAAGAUAGCGAUACGCUUGACACUCCUGUCAAGCACCCAACAUCAUCCUCCCAAUCCGCUCCGGUGUCGGAACAUUCGGGCCCAGUCACACCCGCAAAGAAACCUCACCGCUACGCGGGCUUCGUUGCAUACUUCUCUCCUUCCCGUGCCCGAGCUGCCUCUGCCGAAGCUGAACACACUCCCCCGCACUCGAGGCAUGACUCGCGAGAAAGCCCUCCCAGCCCGCUGGAACGACAUUAUCGCGAGACGCGUGCGGUACAUCUAACCCCUUUGAAGGGCGCAUUGCCGUCCGCAGGCCCGUGGUCCCCCGCUCAAAGAAAACGACAGCAAGUGACUUCCCCGGACGAGAGGGACGAGCCGGAGGGCGGUGCGGCCGCUUGGGGCGGAGAGGACGAACCUGUGAGCAGGCCGAAGACGCCCGAACAGCGAGAGGAGAAGGAGGUCGAGACCACGACCCUCUCCGAGCUACUGGACAACGUGGUCGUGUUAGAGGAAGGGCUGAAAGAGAUCUCGGCUGUGGUACAAAUGAGGAGAGUUAUAGGGAUUGAUGACUGA